GAUUGAGGAUGAUGAGGGGGUCGAGAUGAGGAGGGGUGGAUUAGCAUUAUUGUGCUGACGUGAAGACAUCAUGAGAUGGCAUUCAAAAACAAAGCGGUCGACUCGAAGACCGUAGUGUUCAACCUGCUGCUGUGCCUGCUCAUCUUCUAUGCUCUGUUUUACAUGAUUGCCAGUGUUUGUUUCGGUGCUUUCAGGUUGGAUAACUUCGAUGGCCGAAUACCUUUUGACUUCAAAACAAAGCUGGAGGACUCCACCUCGAAGUACCUAGUCAACCUGCUGUCCUUGGAGCUCACUUACUUCUGCUGUGGCUUGCUGUUUGCCGCCGUCGUGAAGAAAAGGGUGUGGGACUAUGCCUUCACUGUCACACUUCUGCAUAUCAUCAUCACCAGCCUUGUGAUGCUGGAGUUUCCCCUAACAUGGCAGUGGUGGUUGGCUUUAGGUUGCGGCUUGCUCCUGAUGAUCUGCAACGGUCAGCUGAUUGCUUACUUCGCCUGCCAGGAUGACCAAAGCUAUGUUACGUUUGCCAUUUAAUACUUAAAUGUCAGAAUAUGGCGGAAAACACAGACAAGACUGAAAAAGCAGUUUCUGCUCUUGCACUCCUCUUUAAAAGAAACUGCUGUAUUUUAAGCUAAAACAACUGUUGUAUUUGAUAGAACAAUAUGUCUAUAUACUGCCAUAGCAGAUUCAUGGCGCAUUAAGCUCCCGAACUAUUUUUAAUUUGUCCGUUUUACCCUGGAAACCCCCGUUUACAGAGCUCGCGCAACAGCUUUUGUUUCAAUAAAGCCAUAAAACGAAGGUAAUUAAUUAUAUUUAUUAUUCAAAAUGUCUGUCAUUUUUAGGUUAGAAUCACUAAUUGAUAUCUAAUAUUUCGUUUUAAAAAGAAAACAACUUAAAAAAAAUUAUUCACUUGCAUAUUUUAAACUUUUAAACAAAUGACGUCACAAUGAAAAAAAUGGUGUCUGUAAAAAAGUCACGGAUAUCUACCUCAUAACUAUCGCUUAGAUGUAUUUUUUUUUUUUUUUUGUUACUGUCGCAUUUUUCCGAUAUGUUAGAUGAUAAAUAAUCGAUCCAAACAAAGAAAAUUGAAAAAUAACGUUUUAAAGGGUAAAUAUAUGAAAAAGAAAAUCUCGACCACCCCUUGAUGUCUGCGAUUUC